AUGAACAGCAGAACCAACCCAGUGCCAAAUUCCCUCCGUAGUGAUGUUCAGUUAAACCAGGCAGUGAUGGCAUGCCACCAAGCAUCACUGGGAAAACGAACAGUAGGAUCCUAUUCAACUGGCGUCCGUGCUUGGUUACGUUUUACAGCAAUGUUUGGAAUACAAGGUCAGCCUGCCAUUUAUCCACCCAUAUCAGAAGAUUCCUUGGUUUAUUUUGUGGUGCACAGUGCUACUUAUUUUCAUCUCAAGUACUCAACUAUCAAAGUCUACCUGGCAGGGAUACGUAACCAUUACAUAUUAGGAGGUCUCCCAAAUCCACUAGUGACUGGUAACGGACAAACCCACUUACGACUCAACCACGUGCUACGAGGUAUUCACCGCCUACAAGGUUCUAGUACAAGACCACGUUUGCCAAUAACCUUUGACAUUCUGAAAGGCUUAUGCGAAUUGCUCCGUAAGGGUGUCUUCGGGCCAUACUUUGAUCUCAUGUUGGAAGCUGCCUUUUUAUUAGCUUUCUUUGGCUUUCUUCGUUGUAGCGAAUUUGCUUGUACCACCAACAGUUUCAACCCAAACCUCAACCUCUGUGUCAGAGAUGUUAAAGUAGUAACUCGUGGAGAACACAUAGAUCACUUGUCAAUUAACAUCAGAACAUCUAAAACUGAUCAGUUCCGGCGGGGCUUUGACUUAAGACUUUUCCCCACCAAUACCUCCUUAUGCCCUGUUUCUACUUUGUACAGAUUUCUAACCGUCCGCCGUGAAAUGAAUGCUGCUCAAAGUGAGCCUUUAUUUCUGCUUCCCGAGAGAAUACCACUUAAUCGUCGUGUGUUCACCACCUCCCUGCGUUCGCUCCUUACUAGACUGAGACUUGAACCACAGUACUUUGCCGGACAUUCUUUCCGCAUUGGAGCUGCAACUACUGCUGCAAGCGUCCACCUCCCAGAUCACCUCAUACAAACUCUUGGUCGUUGGUCUAGCGAUUGCUAUCGCAUUUACAUUCGAACACCUGAGAAACUUUUACGUUAUGCAUUUACAGCACUUACAACAAU